CAAAAAGAUGUCGCCCCUCCCUCUUCUACGCAGUUUCAGCCCGCCUGCGGUGGUGACUCUUCAGGACCGACCGCCCCUACCUACCUACUUAUCGACCCCGCUAUCGGCCGGCCAUUGGAUCCAAUUCCAUUUGUGAAGCCAUCUUCAAUCGCAAAUCCCAACUCAACUAGACACAAAGCGCCGCCGUGAAUUGUCCUUUUCCAAUUAUCGCGACACGAGCCACGGUAUUCUUCGACACCCACAACCGCCAUGACCACCGAUUCCACUCUUGCCGCGACGGCCGACGCCAAGCUCGCCAUCUCUGGUGAUAACAACAACACCAAGUUGACCAAGGAGCAGCAGCUGGCCCUCAUCAACGUCAACUUGGCCGAAAUCCUCAACCCCGAGAUUAUCGAAAAGGUCAUUGACGAAGGCCGCGCCCCGAGGAUCUACUGGGGAACUGCCACCACCGGCCGUCCUCACUGCGGCUACCUAGUUCCCGCCAUCAAGAUCGCCCAAUUGCUCGCCGCCGGCUGCCAUGUCAUCGUCCUCCUCGCCGAUAUCCACGCCGUCCUCGACAACCUCAAGUCCACCGUCGAGCUCGUUGGCUACCGCGCCAAGUACUAUGAGCGCACCAUCACCGCCCUCCUGAAGGCCGUUGGUGUCCCUACCGACAAGCUCGAGUUCGUCCUUGGCAGCUCCUACCAGAAGAGCCCCGACUACAUCAUGGAUGUCUACAAGCUCGCGACCCUCGUCUCCGAGCACGACGCCAAGAAGGCCGGCGCUGAGGUUGUCAAGCAGUCCGACAACGCUCCUCUUUCCGGCCUCCUCUACCCCAUUCUCCAGGUUCUCGACGAGGAGUACCUCAAGGUCGAUGCUCAGUUUGGUGGUGUCGAUCAGAGGAAGCUGUUUGCUGCUGCCAAGGACUGGCUUCCCAGGCUGGGCUACAAGGAGCGCGCCCACAUCAUGAACCCCAUGGUCCCCGGUCUUCAGGGUUCCAAGAUGUCUUCCUCCGACCCCGACAGCAAGAUCGAUCUCCUCGAUGCUCCCGAUGUUGUCACCAAGAAGAUUCGCAAGGCCGAGGCUGCCCCCAAGGUCACCGAGGGCAACGGUCUCAUCUCCUUCAUCGAGUACGUCCUGCUGCCCGCGGCCCAGCUUCUCGGCAAGGAGGGCUUCCGCGUGGACCGGUCGCGCGACAACCUCGAGCCCCUCGUCUACACCGACAUUGCCAAGAUCAAGGCCGACUACGAGAGCGAUGUUCUCACUCCUCAACUGGUCAAGCCCGCCAUCUCGGCCGCCAUCAACGAGCUCCUCGCUCCCAUCCAGGCUGCCUUCCAGGCCUCUCCCGAGUGGCAGGAAAUUGCCACCAAGGCCUACCCUCCCGAGAUCAAGGUCAAGAAGGAGAAGAAGGUCAAGAACAAGGGUACCCGCUACCCUGGUGCUGCGGCCAAGCUCGAGGAUGCCAAGGACGAGGCUACUCCUGAGCCUGCGACGGAAAACGCAUAAAGGCAUAGACUGCAUAGAAUGUGUUUGAUUGAUGAACUAUUUUCUUGCAUCUAGCGUCUUUUGUUUUUGAUCAUGUUUGGCUGGGUUUGGUUGGUC